UAGCAAAAACAGAAAGAAAUUCUGAUAGAAUAUCACGAAAACCCGUCCUACGAAAGUGUAUUUGCAGAAAACGAAAAAUGAUAUGGCGUACUUCAAGUAUAUAUUUGAAGAAGAGAGUUCUGCGAGCGGUGGUCAAUCAGGAGGUAGAAGAAACCUCCGCCCUACGAGCUGCUCUCAGAUGA